AUGGCUGUUCCAAGAUUCUCUACUCCUGUUUUCAAACACUACUGGCCAUUCGCCACUGGUGCUGCUAUCUCUUACUACUUAAUCUACAAUGCCAGUAUUGCCUCCAUGAACUCUGAUGAAUUCAUCAAUGAUCCAAGACACCCAAGAUUUGCUGCUGGUGGUAAAUUCAUUGAUUUAGAAAAAAAAAAUUAA